UCAGCUUGUGAUAACCUAAGAACAUAGUACAUCUAAAUAUAUUGCAGCCUAGAAAUAAAAAUGAAAAACCACACAACAUAGUCGAAACCUUCAUAUCUCAACGAUAUCUCAAAAUACUCAAACAGUAAAAUUGCAACAUAGAAAAUCCCCAAACGACUUGUAACUAUACUAUGACAUACAUCACUCGAGUACUUUACUCCAGUAUACUUUACUGCAUUAAGCAAUAAUAACGUAAUGGUAUUUGAAGCUAAAUCCGCAACCGCCUCCACUCGUUAAAUCGUUUUUCCAUCGCAAAUACGGUUUACACGUUUUUAUAUCUAUGCACACACACGUUCGCUCUCAGAAAAUCGCUACGGGAAGAAGGCUGGAGAUGUGGAAGGCAGUAAUUGAAACAAAAAAACAGGUGGGGGAUUCGAGUAACAUUCGGAGCGUCGGCCAGUGUUGGUCAGGUAUCGCUUCAUAGGUAGAACGACUAAUUGCGUUGCACCUGCAACGAGUGUCACGAGUCCGCGAAUUUUACGCGAUAUUUUUAGGAGGUCCUUAGAAUUCUGUAUAUAUUGUUCGGUAUACACGUGACCGAUUUGUUUUCGCGGCUGAGAUAGACUGCACGCGAUACAGCGUCGUUUUGCUGAAGAGACCGGAAGCUGGCCACAUGAGCCGAGGAUCCAUUUCCAGUUGGCAAGAUUAUGGACGCAGAAAUUCUCAAGGCAUUCCACAAUUCAGUGGGGGUCCGGUGGAGUUCAUGACCUGCGACGGCAUGGAGUACAAAAGAGGGGACGGUUGGUUUCUUUCCUACACAAAGAUUGCAGGGAUCGUGGUGGUUUUCGUUAUCGGGGUGGUUGCUGCCGGCUUCCUCGGAUGGUACAUCAAUUCCUUGCCAAAGAAAAAAGCUUACGACACGUUAGAUUUGCUGAACGACGAGAUCGAGAAUGAAAAUGUCGGAGAAACCACCAUUUCUCCUUUGGUUCAUCCCUUGAAAUAUCGUCUCGAGCUAAUGCCGAUGGUCGACACCAGUGGUCCGUCGACACUGAAGGGACGGGUGAUUAUAGAGUUUGAAGUUAAAGAGACGAGUCUGAAGAAGCUGUCUUUGAACGCUAAGAAUAUUACGGUGGAUUAUUAUAAACUAUCGUCGAUGGAUCCGGGGAAAGAAAGGCAAAAGAGGGCAGUGGACAACGAUUAUGAUAUCGAACGAAGUGAUGGAGUUGUGAUCAGUGCCAUGUACGCCGUGGAGAAUGAGUUCGUAGUAGCCGUAUCAGACAACGGAACAGUGGUCUUCGAAAAUAAUGUUCAGUACCCAUCAGGAGAUUUUCAAUUCACCGACAAAAAUGUAGCAACACCUGAUAAUAGUACAGAAAUUAAAAUAACAGAGUACGAGAUAGACGACGAUAAAGACAUUCACACAGUUUCAUUGGAAACUGCAUUGCAACCGGGAGUUUAUUUCCUGGACAUUGAUUACCAAGCUCCAAUAACGGAGAAUGCGUUUUUUAUUUCGAAUUACUCUCUUGAGGAUGAGAAGUGGUUGAUGGGGACGAGAUUAAAACGAUCUGGAGCUCGAUACCUGUUUCCACUCUUCGACACCACGUUGCACAAGUCAAUUUUCUCUGUGUCCAUAAUACAUUCCAAGGAAACGAAAGCAUUGUCUAAUAUGCCUCUUAGGACCUUGAGAGACAUAUCAAACUCAUCCGUGAUGGACACAUUCGACGAGUCACCUCCACUUUCACCCCAUAACCUGGCAUUUCUGCUGGGUCACGUGGACUCCAUAGGCAUGGUAUUCGACGGGCAUUCCGAAGAGGUGGCCACGUUUUGGCUCGAAUCGAACAGAGACUCGCCAAGGAUCUACGUUUUCGAUAAAUUUAAUUCAACUAUUUCUAAUUUGAUCGACGUGUUCGACAUGCCGUAUCCUUUGCCCAAGAUUGAUGUGGUAGCACUGCCUCCAGGGAUCGACGAGAACAUGGCGAGUCCUGGAUUAAUGGUUAUGAAGCAGUCACUGUUCUACGCAACCGAGAGUUCGCCAAUAGUCACCAAAACCGAUGCUCUGAGGGUUCUAAUCUCCUCGCUGCAACAGCAAUGGACAGACGAGUUCUCGAACGUGAAUCGAUCCGAUGCAUGGAUCUUCGAGGGGUCGAUGAUCUAUUUCCAACACGAUAUUGUUCAAAAGAUAGAUUCGUCAUUGAUCGAUUACUUCAUCGGCGAUGUUCUAAUGCACGCCAUGGAUGUCGAUGGUUACAGCAUCUCGAGACCUCUUCACGAAUAUGUGAAUUAUCGAUCGUUGCACUUGGUCGAUGAUGAGAUCGUGAAAGGUGCAUGUCUGAUACGCAUGUUGCAUGGCGCGGUAAACGAUACGGCGUUUAGGAAUGGCUACAAGAGAGUGAUAAACAGGUGGAAAUAUAAUACUACAGACGUAGCCGAUUUCCUGAGCAUCAUGGAAGAAGAAGCAACCGAACUUCCGACUGGAAUUUCUUUGGAAGAAGCAAUGAAUUCCUGGAUCUUCCAAGGAGGAUAUCCCCUCAUCACUGUUAUGAGAAACUACGAAACAGAAUCUGCUAUUAUUUAUCAGGAACAAUUUACAUUGGACCGACCACUAGAAAGUAUUUCUAAAUUUUGGCAUAUUCCUUUGGACUACAUCGAAGAAAAUGGUAACUGGUCCUCGCCUCAGAAAGUAUGGUUCCAGUCGGAACCUAAGAUCCAGUUAGAUAAUGUUGGCUCGAACCAGUCUUGGAUUCUUUUUAAUAUAAAUAAAACAGGCUAUUACCGAGUUCACUACGACGAAAGAAACUGGAAGUUGUUAAAACUGGCGCUGCAAAAAGAUCAUGAACUCUUACCACCAGAAACGAGAGCCUCUCUCAUAGAUGACAUGUUCAGCCUAGCCGCAGUAGGUCUGAUCAAAUAUGAGACUGUGUUUGAUUUCAUCGAAUAUAUGCGUACUAAGGAGAGGCACUAUCUACCUUGGACUAUACUGAUGCGAUAUACCUUCAAAUUGUACAGGCUCUUGUACGAGACUUCCGCUUUCAGCGACUUUCAGGUUUUCAUGGUGAAAUUUGUGUCUCCAUUGUAUAGUGAAGUGGUAUCAAGGCUGGACGAAGGUUCGCAGUUGACAGUAAUCGCUGUCAAAAUGGCGUGCGUGUUCGAGCACACAGAGUGCCUAAGCUGGGCCAACAAUGCGUUCGAGAGUGCGAAGAAUGAUAGUGAACUUCAAGAAAUCAUCCCUCCAUACCUUCGCGAAGCCUUCUACUGCACCGUCGCCCGUUACGGAACCCGAAAGGAGUGGAAUUACUUCAAGGAAAUGGUAACAGCAACAGAAGAUGAAGAGGAGAAAAAGCGUUUAUUAUCUGCCUUCUCUUGUUUCCAAGCUCCCUGGAUCUUGCAGUCCAUCUUAAAUGAGAUACUACACGAGGAACUAUUCAGCCCAGACGAAAUAUCAGUCAUCUUAAGGUGGUUUCCUCGCAAUCCAGCAGCGGCUCAAGCUGCCUCCCGAUUCGUUCGAGCUAAUUGGCAAGAAAUUACGCAGAGGUUUCCUGGAGCUUAUUCCGUGCUGAAAUCUUUUGUGCUGUCGAUGAUUAACGGUAUCACUACCGAACAAGAUUUGGAAGACCUUCAACUGUUCAGAGAAAAUAAUUACGACAGCAUGAAGGGAGUUAGGUACGCGGCAGCACUCGUCGAAGCGAACGGAAAUUUCGAGACGUUGUGGUUGAAGAAUUCCUUGCCCGAAAUCGAAAAAUUGUUGAAGGUAGUCAGUGAAGAUACUUCAGCCUCGUGAGACAAAUUAUGUUAAGGGAAAUUGUGAAGUUAUUAAAUAUUUCACGAGCUUCCAUUUUUAUUUAUAAUCAGUUUUGUACAUUUAAGUAAAUAACGUUUGCGUUAUUUUAUGUGUGAAUUUUUCGAUAUUCGAAUAGAGCAAUUAACCAGCACUGCAAAACUAAUUGCCACGUGAAAUAAACUGACAUGUAUUUAUUUGAGAAAUCAAUUUUUAGCGAUGGUAACAAAUGAGUGUAAUUUAGAUUUAUUUGUUAGGUAGUA